GAGUAUAUUGUCCCCUACCUACUCCCGCAGUUUGAAGAAGAGAGCAAAAAAUACAAUAGAAUGGCAGGAGAUCCUGUCAUUGGCAUAGAUCUCGGCACCUCCUACUGCUGCGUUGCCGUCUUUUUCAACCAGGACAAGAUCGAGAUUGUUCAAAAUGAACUGGGGGCCAGAAUUACCCCCUCCUACGUGGCAUUCUCUGGAAAGGACGGCUGUCUGGUGGGGGAGGCUGCGAAGCGACACGGCAUGAAGUAUCCGAAGCAGUGCGUCUUCGAGGUGAAGAGGCUGAUGGGCCGAUCAUUUCACGACGCAACCGUGCAGCGGGACGCACAGACAUGGCCUUUCAAAUUGUCAUCCGGUCCGCUUGGCCAAGUUCUUGUCCAUGUUGGUGAGACUGAAGUCUUACCUGAAGAAAUUUCCGCCUGUUUGUUGAGGAAGAUGAAGUCCAUCGCCGAGGACUACACCGAUUGCCAUCCCAUUAGGGAUGCGGUCAUCAGUGUUCCUGCGUACUUCAAUUACCGCCAGAGGAAGGCCACUAUGGCUGCCGCGAUUGAUGCAAAAUUAAACGUGCUGCGGCUGAUGAGCGAGCCUACGGCCGCUGCACUGGCGUAUGCUCAUCAGCGGUUAAGAGGGAGUGGGAGCAUGGAGAAGAAGGUCAUGGUGUUCGACAUGGGUGGGGGAACCUUUGAUGUGUCUAUAGUGACCAUGAAGGCAGGACAGCAUGGGGAGUGGAGCUUCGUAGUAAACGCAGUGGCCGGGGAUUCUCAUCUCGGAGGCUCUGACAUAGACAAGCGGCUGAUUCAGCAUGCAGAGGAGCAGUUCAGGGGUCAGCAUCAGGCCAAAAGCAUGUCCAAGUAUGCCGCGAAGCUGUUCAAGCGGCAGCAGGGUCACAGGAAAGAUUUCUUGCUGGGCGAUCCUAGGAUUCUCCGAAAGCUUAAUCAGGCCGCCGUGGAGGCCAAGCAUGAUCUCUCCGUCAAAACCGACGCGGAGAUCCUCUUGGAUUGCCGUGAAAAUAUCUUCAACUUGAGAUUGGACCGAGUCGAGUUCGAGAGACUCAACCAACGGCUGUUUCGCAGGUGCAUGACGAUCGUCAGACAAGCUCUUUGUGAUGCCAAGAUGAGCAAGAGUGAUAUCUCCGACGUGCUUCUGGCGGGUGGAUCCACAAGGAUCCCAAAAUUGCAAGAGAUGCUGACGGCAUUCUUCGGCAAGCCGCCCAUCAAGUCUGUAAGCCCCGACGAGGCUGUGGCAUUUGGAGCUGCAGUAAUGGCGGGACAGCUGGCCAGAAGGGACAAGUGCAAAGAGGCACCCACCAUAUCCGUACGCGAUGUCACAUCUGUGAGUAUAGGAGUCUGCGGUAGGUUUGGCAUUAUGAAGGUCGUUGUGCCAAGAAACUCUCCCCUUCCUGCCGAUGGAGAAGUAGGGUGUGUUUUAUAUGAUAACCAGGAGUCAAUGGAGUUCCCGUUGUAUGAAGGCGAGCGUGCGCUCUGCGUAAAUAACUUGUUGCUGGGGGAACUCUCUCUGGACGGUUUCACCCGCGGUCCAGCCACCGCAGAUAGGUCCAUGCGAGUCGUGAUCAAAAUAGAUGCUAAUGGGAUUCUCCAUGCGAUGGCAGAGGCGAUUGCUAAUCAUAAGGACAUUGGGAGAAAGGUGGAAACCACCGUUACACUCGGUAAGGAUGCUGUACGCAGUGUGCAGCCUUCGGAUGCCGUGGAGGAAACUGAUUGGUACACGCCGGAAGCAAAAGCGGAGGACGCCAGGAUCUGGGCGGCAGACAGAUCGAUGCAUAGGUUGCGGGACCCGAUCCUAGCGUUGCGAGAGCAGCUUCGGCGGUGUAACAAGUGCCACGCUUGUCUAGAGAAGCAUGUGACCGAGGCAGCGGCGUGGUGGAUGGGGCUGAAGGAACUCCCGUCAAAGGAGGAGUGCGAUAAGAAAUAUGAAGAGCUGGAAGUGCUGGCUAAGGUUCAUAACCUGGCCCUGAUCUAGUGAACAAUUCAGUGAGAGUCAUAAAUGAUUGCAACAGCUGAAUGUGACAUUAUUUCCGUGUGUAAUUCCGGGCAGGCCUUGCUGGUAUCGCUUCCAGAACCCCAUUCGUUCAUUAUAGGAUGUAAUCUCUUCUUUCUGUUCUGUAUUUUGGGCAAGUUCACUGUAGAUACAAUCGUCAUGACGGGGCGUUGAGUUUGGGUGAAGAGCCUCAAGAGGGUGGUAUUGGAUAGCACCACAAUCAUCAUCCAGAACUGGAAUUGAACUUUGGAAGUCGUUGUCGAGCGCAUCGGGCCCCGCCCUCGCUCGCGCGGGGGCCGAUGCGCUCCCGGCCGCGCGGGGGCCGAUGCGCUCGACAUCGU